UGUGUGCACUUCCUGCACUCUGUGUGAGCCGUGCAGCUUUUCUCAUGAUCCAAGUCACAACUUGAUGAGAGCCAGGACUCCGCUGUCCAUUCCAGAGCAUGGAUCCCCUGCCCCUGACCAAAACAGACUGUACAGACGAGGCGACCACAGUUUCAGGAAGGCAGAGAAGCAGAGGCUGAAGGCAGAGAAGCGCCUUCUUAAGGCCGAGGUCAAAGAAAUCCGGAAACAACUAAGGAUGGAACGGCGAAGUAUCCAUUGGAGUUCCUCUCAAACAGAUGGAAGCUCCUCUCCAGUCCUUCUUCAGCCUCAAGCCACCCAGCACAACAGCCCCAAGUAG